AUGGCCUUAGAGAGUGACAAACUUGAGCAUACAUCCAACAGCCCUAAUCCUCCCGGGUUAGGGGAUCAUAUGGGUCAAAUUCUUCCAAGGGACAGGCAACUGAAGACUCCUACGUACGACUACGCAGAUGAGAAGUCAAUGAGUCACACAGAAGCAAAGCUUUUUUAUCAGCAACAUCAGUUUGCUUCACGAAGCACCGAUAGUGACUCCUCCCAGAUAUUCGCACCUACAACAAGCUACAUCUCGACCCUGCAAGCAGAAGACAAAGCAUAUGACGUGCCAGCGCUAAAGAACAAAAACUGCAGCUGCCAGAUGGUUCACGCUACUUCCAGUGAUGCCCUACGACAAUCUGCAAUCAGUUUGGAUGGAAAUUCUCAUCUUGAUGAGUGCAACUCUUACAUCUCUACUGAACAGCAUCAUACCACUACCACACAUGGUACCCAACACGGGCCCAAGCCACAUGCAAUGCCCUUCAGCAUGCUAGAUCAGCACGUUUCCAAAUCAAAUAGUCUAAAUUUUACUGAAGAUGGUCUGGAUACUGUCCAAGGUAUGAUGAAUAUCGCACCAAACAGUCUCACUGUUACAUCGGAGUUGAAUGUGAUUUGUCACAGAGUGCGCGACUUGCUUGACCGUCGAUAUAAAUAUAUUGAACUAUCAUUGCAGUCGUCCGGAGAUAAUCCAAAAGAUUAUCCUUCGUGGGAAAUAUAUCCUCCGCCCCCAGAGCCAGCCUGGGAAAAUGGCAAAGACACUGGCAAAUUCAAUGACCACAUCCAUACAAGUCACAAAAGGAGAAAAAUGGGCGAAGAAAUUGGGGAGGAUUUUGACAUGGGUGAAUAUCUGCCUCUACCUGAAGAAUCAGCUUGGGUUUUCAAGUUGGAUGAAAACAGUGUUUAUCAAGUGUAUGAAAGUGAUAUCGCUGCGGAACCUGUUGUUCGAAUUCCCUCAUUGAGGGAUUUCUACAUGGAUCUCGAUGCAAUCAUAGAUGUAUCGACGGAUGGCCCUGCGAAGAGCUUUGCGUUCAAAAGACUUUCUUAUCUGGAGGGGAAGUUCCAGCUAUAUACGUUGUUGAAUGAAUAUCAGGAGAUAGCCGAUAGCAAGAAGGUUCCUCACAGAGACUUCUAUAAUGUCCGAAAAGUGGAUACACAUGUUCACCAUUCAGCAUGCAUGAAUCAAAAACAUCUUUUGCGUUUCAUCAAAAGCAAGAUGAAAAAGUCUCCUGAUGAAGUUGUCUUAUUCAGGGAUGGGAAGCAUUUAACAUUAAAAGAGGUUUUUGAAAGUAUCAACUUAACUGCAUAUGAUUUAAGUAUUGACACUCUUGACAUGCAUGCGCAUACAGACUCCUUUCAUCGUUUUGACAAAUUCAACCUCAAGUAUAACCCUGUGGGUGAGUCUCGAUUACGUGAGAUAUUUCUAAAGACCGACAAUUAUAUCAAAGGGAGAUAUCUUGCAGAGAUAACAAAAGAAGUUAUCUCCGACUUGGAAUCGAGCAAGUAUCAAAUGGUGGAAUGGCGCAUCUCGAUUUAUGGAAGAUCUAUCCAGGAAUGGGACAAGCUUGCAGCUUGGGUUGUGGACAAUAAGUUAUUCUCUCCUAAUGUCCGUUGGCUUGUCCAGAUACCUCGAUUGUAUGACGUGUACAAAUCAAGUGGUAUGAUGGAAAACUUUGAGCAGGUGAUAAACAAUGUUUUCCAGCCUUUAUUUGAAGUGACAAAGGACCCAAGCAGUCACCCGAAACUACACAUUUUCUUACAACGCGUUGUUGGUUUUGAUAGUGUCGACGAUGAGAGCAAGGCGGAGCGUCGGCUAUAUAGGAAAUAUCCUAUUCCAAAGGAAUGGAAUACAAAACAAAACCCACCAUAUAGCUAUUGGAUCUAUUUCAUGUUUGCGAAUGUCGCAUCACUGAAUAUAUGGCGAAAAAACCGUGGAUUUAACACAUUCGUCCUAAGACCACAUUGCGGAGAGGCUGGUGAUCCUGACCAUCUAGCUGUUGGAUUUCUUUGCUGUCACAGCAUAAGCCACGGUAUUCUACUCAGGAAAGUUCCUCUGCUGCAGUACCUGUAUUAUCUAAACCAAAUCGGAAUCGCCAUGUCGCCACUCAGCAAUAACGCUCUAUUUUUGACAUAUGACAAAAAUCCAUGCGCGAAUUUCUUCAGGCGGGGCCUAAAUGUCUCAUUAUCAACUGAUGACCCCUUACAAUUUGCCUUUACCAAGGAGCCCCUAAUAGAGGAAUACUCUGUUGCUGCACAGAUAUACAAAUUCAGCGCAGUGGAUAUGUGUGAACUUGCCAAGCAUUCAGUUGAGCAAAGGGUUGCAGGGAACAAUGUCGCAAAGAGCAAUGUACCAGACAUUCGUGAAGAAUUCAGGCAUGAAACAUUGCUUGGUGAAUUGGCACUCAUCGAAAAGUAUUCUUGCACGCAAACCACUGACAAGAUAGCUGGCCUUGCAAAAGGUCAGUUGCAGCCCAUUGCAAAUGCAUCAUCGACUACAGACCAUACCGAUCAACCAAACUAUGGUGGGCCAAAGGCAUGCGCCUCUGCGACAGCGAAUGCUUUGGAAGCUGGUGAACUUUCAGCCAGCACACAAGGUCCUUCCAGCUCGGAAGCUCAAGCUCCUUCCACUAGUACCAGCGUCCAACCACAGCCUAGUAAUAAUAUUGGAGAAACAAUCACCGCAGAUUCCAACUCUGAAUAUUCCAGGGCUCAGUCGGGCGAACCGAGUUUGUCGGCGAUUGGAACUAGUCCUAUAGCAGUCGCUCUAGCACGGCCAGAGACUUUACCAGAACCAAGAAUUUUUCCUGGUAUCGUCCAUGAAAGGGCGCAACGAGGUAAUGUGUUGACAUGGACGUCAAAAGAUAAUUUAAGGACAAGUGACAGCGGUACAGAUUAG